AUGAGUUGUCCUACUAUUAGUUCUGUUGUGAAUCCCACUGUUAGUUAUCAGUUGGGAAACAAUCAUGUUAGAGUAUUUUACCGGAUCUGUUCUGUAGAAAAACCGACUUGGGAGCAUGUCAAAAUAAAGAAUUCAACAGUUUUUGUUAGGAAAUUGCAGCAGAUAAAAGACCCUUCCAAGUCUCACCAACCUCCAAGUUAUUGGGAAUUUAAUACAGAUGGUGUGUUUCAUAAUUGUACCCAGAACAAUAUUCACAGUGCUGUUGUCGAAGGAUUAAUUGAGAAAUUAAAAGAUGGUAACAAUGCUGUGAUCGUUGCAUUUGGACAGACAGGUACAGGAAAAUCAGUAACUUUGUCUGGAAUAGAGCUUGUGUCAGAUGAGAAUUUUGGUGUGAUACCAAGAAUGCUACGUGAGUUAAUGAUGUUCAAGAAAUCGAUGCAAACGAAUAAUACAAUAACUUUGGAAAUGACUUAUCUUGAAUUUUCUAAAACAGCGGUGUUCGAUUUAUUUAGAGAAUAUCCCAACAACUUGAAUACAUGGCAUGCUAGUCAAGAUGCAAAAAAAAUUGCAAUAAUUUCUGAGAAUCAAGCACUAAAGGCGUUAUACUUGGGUGAGGGAAGAAAAGAAACUAAAAAGCAUAACUAUUAUUCACAUGUCAAUACUAGUGUACUUUCAUUUUACGUAACCAUUGAAGAUUUAAACUAUAGUGACGGUCAUAAAAUUGAAGUCAGAUUGCACUUUAUUGAUCUUGCCGGUUCAGAUACUGUAGGUAAUCUAACAUGCCUUUUUAAAAAUAAAACAGAAGUUGGGGCAGCGAAUUUAACAAAAACUAGCUUAGAACAAUUUUUUUUAUCAUUAAUGGAAAGGUCUCCAGAAAUGAUACGAGCAAGACAAAGAACAAAUCCUUUGAUAUAUUUUCUAAAAGACGAUUUAAAUAAUAAUAAUUCAUUACGUUUUAUAGGACAUAUAAAAACAACAAUCGAAGAUUUACAAACAACGUUAUCAAUGAUGAGAUUUGGACAAAUACUGCGAGGAUAUACACCUACAAUUAAAAAAAUAGAGCAACCAACAAAAAUGAGCCUAGAAGGUAGAGUCAAGUAUUUACAGCGUCAAAUAAAAGAAUUGAAAGAAGAGCAGAUUCAAAAUUCCAUUUUAUUAAAUCGAGAUCUCACGACUAAUAUGACUUCAGAACGUAUAGCGCAUUUGCAAAGAACGGUUAAAGCUUAUUUAUUAAAUGAGAUAUCAGAAAUAGACGUUAUAAGAGUUUCCGAUGUAGCUAUGGUUUUCAAUAUAUUUAGGGAGAUGUAUAAUAAUUGGGAAACGGAAAAACAAAAAUUCGUUAGAGAAGGAAGUGUGGCAACAGUAAACAGGAAAAACACAGAAUCUGAUGUAUCUUUACCAAAGAAACGAGGGUCGAUACGGUCGAGCAGUACGCUAAAUACCAGAGUGUCAAAAGAAAAACGUCGUUCAAGGAGAUCAAAGGAUGGGAUUGUGGAUGCGGAUAAAGUGGAUAAACAAGUUUCCGUUCAAUCCUUUUUGGAUAUGUCAAGUAUAAAAAUCACGUCGCAGACUUUGAGAAGCAACCAAGAACGAUUUUCUGUAACCUCUGGGUCAAUAUCGCAAAUACCAAAGAGGAAGCGAUCGAAAUUCGGCGUUAUGUUGAACAAAAGAUCUUCGGUUAUUAAAAAAAAAUCUGUUGGUAGUUUUAUCUUCGGUAAUAUUCCUGAUAUAUCACAAAUACCCGAAAAUAUUCCGGAAAACACAGAAGCCUGGAACUCGUAUACGAAAGAAUCUGAUUACAAUAACUUUAUGGUGGAGUACAAAGCAAAUGAAAAAAAUAUCUCAGAUACAUACGCGCAGUAUGUAGAAGAAAUGAAAGCAUUGAAAGAAGAAAAAGAUAAAAUUUAUGCCAUGGAACAAGAAAUAUUGGAGGCGAAGCUGAUGAUCAAAUACAAAACUAUUGACUGCGACAAAUUCACUGAAUCGAUUCUAAAUGAAGCGGCAAAUAAAUGUGGUGAAAACAUAGAAAGAGCAAAACUUGUUAUUUUAGAUAAACAAGAAAUUGUUCUGAGGUGUUUGGCUGAACUGAAACUUUACUUGAACAAUCGAAAAGAAUUACGUAAACAGUUAAGCAUUAAUUUCGAUAAUUACUGUAAAGAAAAUUUCAAUAUCACUUUUCCAGCAGCCAAAAGUUUGAGUUUUGUGGAAAUGGUUGGUAUAUUUUUGUUACACAGGUAUUUAUAG